AUGGCGGCCAAUGCGAGACUUCUCACACGAAAUUUUCGUGUUAUCUUUGACCGUUCUCGGCAGCAUUUAUCGCAAAAGUUCAAUAUACGUCUUCUCUCUGAUAAAAUCAUAGAUGUGAUGAGUAGUGAACCACCUAUACCUGAAUACAAGACGCCUCAAAAUGAACCACCUAAGCUCAAACGAGCAAGGCUCCUUUAUCAGAGUAGGUAAGACGGGUACGCUUUACUAUUGUGAUUUGUUGUCAUAUGUGGGAGUCAUCAGACGUCACUGAAACUGUUGAACUUUAUUUCUGGAACCCUAGGAAGCGAGGAAUGCUGGAAAAUGGGUUGCUGUUGAGGUAGGUAUAAAAUGAUUUAAUUCUGAUUUGAUUACAUAACAUCAAGUCUUAUAUACAAAACCAGUACAGUACAGUAAACCCGCUUUAGUAAUACGGACACCUCAUUAUUUUAUAUUUUGGGGAAAGAAAGCCCGUACAUUUUUUCUAAAUUUAACCCGCUUGAUAUGGACACCGCGGUAAUACAGACACUUCCUAUGUCCCCCUCAGUGUCCGUAAUAAAGUUUGACUGUACCACAUUCACGAAUGUCAGCUGGUAUAAAUGGCUCUCUUUAGCUCUGUAGUGCAUGUUGAAACACUCCAAGAUUUACUUGGAGAAGCAUUAGUUCUGUGGGAUUCUGUUCAGUGACCCUCCUUGUUAAAUUAGCAAUUAGAGACUUUUAAACAAUAGAUGAAAACGUUUGCUGCAUUUGCACAGCCUGAUACCAGCUCAAGAGGGUGUUGGGAGUAGUCGAGAAUUCCUCCAACCCUUUGAGUGUGUAUAUCAGGCUAUGCAGACAGCAGAAAAUUUUCUAAUGGUUUUAGUAACAUAACUUUCCAGAGAAAAAACAUGCCAGCAGUGCAUUCAAAUGGGUAAUUUAUAAAUGAGGUAAAAUAAAUACAGCCAAUUGUCAACAUUAUCACUAUAACUGUCUGUGACGAGUGCCAAAGUGUGGAGGUGUGUGUAUUCUGAUUAGCAUUGUGUACGUACAUUCCGGCACACAAGGUUCAAUGUGAAUAUUUUGAGAAAUAACCAGGCAACUAUAUAAGUUACUUGGCAAUUAUUAGUGUCUCUAUUUCCCUCUUGUAAUUGCGUGUUGCAUUCUCUCACAAGUGUCUCACCAAUCAAAUCACUUUAAUUUACAGUACAUUUGCUGAUAAGCACUUGGACAAUUUAAGUGAUACCUUGUUGGAUCAAUAUGACCAGGUGAUUAAUAUGCCAAGCAAUGACUGGGAGAUAUAUUACUGGAUGACAGAAAAGAAACCUACUCCUAAAGAGUAUGACAACCAGAUAAUGGACAUGCUCAAGAAACAUGCGAAAAAUGAAGACAUGGAAGAACGUAUAAGACAACCUGACCUACGGCAUACGUGA